AUGAAGAAAAAAGUUGAAAUUUUUCUAAAAUUUUUAUCAAAAAAGAUUGCUGAAGAAAUAUACAUUGAAUUUAAUAUAAAUUAUUAUAUUAGAACUGUAAGAAACUAUCUUAAAACAGGUAAUUUAAGUGUUUGUAAAUUUUUAAAUAAACUUCUUCUUAGUAGUAAAUCUUAUUUCUAG